AUGGGAAAUCAUUUUCCUGUUGCUGAUAGUGUAACAUUAUGUGUUAAACAAAUCAUAUUACAAUAUUUUGAUUUUUAACCUAGAUUACUGAUAGAAAUCUUGCCUUCAGUUACUCUAUCUUUUGAUAGUCUAUGUUUACUUAAUUAAUCUUAAAUAUUAUUAAAUACAUAAGAGACAAAAUUCCAUCUAAUAUUGAGUGAUUCUAACCUUUUAACUUUAUUUGAAUUAGCAAAAGGAUGA